AUGGGAAUGGUUUUCGGGAAGAUCGAUGUUGAAACCCCGAAGUUCGAAGUCAUCCGAUCCACCGACGACUACGAGAUCCGCAGCUACCCUUCCUCGGUAAUCGCGGAGGUUACGUACGAUCCAGCCCAGUUGAACGGCAACAAAGACGGCGGCUUUACCAUUCUGGCCAACUACAUCGGCGCUCUGGGGAGUCCCCAGAACGCCGCCCCGGAGAAGAUCGCGAUGACGGCGCCGGUGAUAACGCAGGCGGCGUCAGAGAAGAUUGCGAUGACGGCUCCGGUGGUGACGACGACCGGGGGAGGAGAGGGAGAGAGGAGGGCGGUGACCAUGCAGUUCAUAUUGCCUGCGAAAUACCGGAAGGCGGAGGAGGCGCCGCGGCCACUGGACGAGAGGGUGGUGGUCCGGGAGGAGGCGGAGAAGAAGUAUGGAGUGGUUAGAUUCGGUGGGACGGCGGCGGAGGAGGACGUGGCAGGGAAAGCGGAGCAGCUGCGGCGGUGCUUGGAGAGGGAUGGGUAUAAGGUGGUGGGGGAGUUGUUGCUGGCGAGGUACAACCCACCUUGGACUCUCCCUCCAUUUAGAAGAAACGAAAUUAUGUUGCAAAUCGGGUGAAAUGAGCCCAAAAAGAAUCAUAUCUGUACGCAAUACCACAGAGAGCAACAGCAACAACCUUACCAUGGCGGGUGGGUUGAGUGAACUCUCCUUUCCUUAGUUUGCAGCCAAUUACCGUUUUCUUAUUUGUUAGUUUCAUAGAAAUGCAUGGAAAAUUUGUUAAGACGAAUUAGUAGCUGGCACAAAUGGUUUUCACUAAACGGGGGACAAUUUUCUAUUUGGUCUUGAAUGAAAAAUAUUACAUUGGAGUCUGUAAAGGGUAACUUCAAUAAUUGAUAUGAACAAUAAUCCAAGAAAAAAAUAAGGAAUGAACUAAUUAGAACAAGGAAUGAAAAUCUGCACUGUGUCUGACCUGUGUGUUUGUGGUAAUUUAUCUGUAACCUUCCCUCUUUGCCCAUUCCCACAUUCUUAAUUACCCUAUUUACAUCAAAACUGUGGCCUGCAUCUGCAAAUCAAUCCCAUUGUACUGAGCUUUACAGCUUCGAACGGCCUCGUCUCGUUCGCUGCCACCGUCAAAAUUAGAGAGCCUCUGGAAAACCCAACUUACCCGCCUUCCAAGCAACAGGUCUCUCACCUAGUUUACACCCUAUGUGCCAAAUGUUUAGAAACACUAUCUUUGUGAGGCAGCAGCCCUCGGGUGUGGUCUCCGGGGAAGGGCUUCCUGAGACGUGUUCGUGUUGCAAACACAACCCGGGAAAGGAUUUGCGUAGAAGUUCUCUUCUAGUCUUGGCGAUUCCCCGCGCAGCCUGAGAUAUGGUGCCCCGAGCCUGUCUGAAUGCAACUUCUUAACCUCGGAAGAAAACUCUUCCCAAGAUAAGGUACCCUCAUCCAAUUGGUUGAUCAAUCCGAUGAAAUUUUGCCUGAAUUGAUGAAAAAUUAUUGUAGAUUAGUGAUCCAUCGUGUGAUUGCGGUUUUUACUUUGAUAGCGAAAACCUGAGAAGGGUUCAAAGAAGCUUAGAGCACCUGUCAGGGUUGAUGGUCUUUCGAAAACCUUCAAACCUCCGGUGCCCUUGCACAGCCUUUGCCAUAUUCCCAUCAUAGGUGUAGACGAAAACAUCACUCUCUAGAGCCACAAUGUAAUCCAAGGCAGCCAGCCGGUUCUGGUACUGCUCGAAGGGCUUGAGCUCUUCUUCGGUUGUCAGGGUCGAAUGGGAGAAAAUGUUCGGGUACUCAGCCCGGAAUGCGUUCAUGCUGUUCCCGCCAUAAAUCUCCCCUGCAACUAUAUAUAUUCUUGUGCUCGAAGGGUACCCCAUCGCCUUGAGGAAGAUGGCAGCUUCCCUUGGGGACAUCGGGCAUCCCCCUUGGAGUCGCCUUUCCUCGCUGUCAAUCUCUUUCUCCUUCCAAUGCUUGACACUGUACCUCAUAAUCCGAAGCUCCUCUGCCUCGGCAGCCGUCAGAUUGUGGCUGCAGCCGGUGAACGCAAGCAUGUCCUUCUCGUACCUUAAAUGAAGGGCAAUAUACGGCUGGCUAUCAUUCCGGAGCCUCUCAACUAGCCUACUCCCAAGCUCCUCGAUCUCGGCUGCGUACCUGAGAGCCUCGUAAUUCGCCCGGCACCUGAGCUUCUGUAUCGAGCUGGAGAGCCCGUUAUUGGCGAGCCGCGAAUCGGUGUGCGUAAACUUGAUCACUUUGUGCUGCUUCAGCAGCUGAACCAUCUCCGUCCUGUAGUAACCAGCCUGCAUAUAAGAAAGAUUGCAUUUCUAGUUAACCAAGCGAGAUGGAAGACCAUAGACAUUUCGUCGAACGUCUGGCCGGCGCAUACCUUGGACCAGGAGAUGGGAGCCUUCAAAAGGGGCCUUAUCGAAGCAUGGCUGUCCGGCAGAGAUUCAACGAUCUCAAUAUCCUCCCUGAGAACUUCGAUGAAGUGCUCCCAGUCGAAAAUAUCUUUGAAUCCGCUGGGAUCAGACCAGAACGAUUCAUGAUCCAGAUAAGGAAGAACCAAGGUGGCGUUCAUGAUCUUCGCAACCGCAACCAUGUCGCAUAUCUGGGACACAAAUCAACUCUCAGAAAUUGCCUAAAAAACUAAGCAAAAUCAUGAUUUAGUAAAUGGUGAUCGAAGCUUACUCCGGUUCUCAUCUGAUUCAAUCCGCCAUUGGCGUGAACUAAAAGAUACCCAUUGGUGGCAGAGCCUGACCCUGAAUCGAAUCACAAUCAGUUUCAGACCAUAAACCAAAGAGUGAUUAAAUCAUAAAUUCCAGAGAAUUGAAACGUACUAAUGCGAUUCCUUGGCCGCUGUAUGCACUGAUAAUAGCUAUCGCUGUUUGGCUUCAUCCAGAUAUCCGGCGUCUGACAAAACAAGAACGAAGACACGUUAAUGAUUAAUCUAAACGGUGGAAAAUUGAAAUUAACGUUGCAACAAGGGAAGUUAAAAUUUGACUUUUAUAAUAAUUGUAUUCCCACCGUCGGCUGGAUGCGAAUGUCGUAUGAAAGGCGUCUUGGAAAAUGGAAAAUUGAAAAAACUAAAAGGCAACACGGACCAUACCACUGACCAAGGCUGGCCAGCUCGCCAAAAGAACACGUUUUUGCCGCCCACUAAUUUGGUGGGUCUAGAAACAGAUACGGGUGGGGCAGAGCCAAUCAAGCCAUUCCAUUCUGAACCCAGAUUGAUUUUUUAAUUUACGAGGGCAGAGAAAACGAAAACCCAAAAUGAAAAUUUGACAGACGGAAAGUUUUGAUAAAGAACAUUGAGAAUCUAGGGGUUGAGAAAAAGGAGCUUUUGACCAUCUGCAAUUGCUAAGUCGCCGGAAAAAAUGGCUUCCCCCGUUCGGUUGCCGAGAAAAUCAGAAUUUUGAAUUCAGAAGGGUGCUAAAAAUUCCCCUUUUUACAAAUAAAAAU